AUGGACGAUCUGAAACUUCAAGAAGAACUUGGAAAGGGUCAAUAUGGCACAGUACAAAAGGUGUCUCAUCAAGUGACCAACGUUGUCAUGGCAAUGAAGGAAAUUCGGUUAGAAUUGGAUGAAACAAAAUUGCACCAGAUUUUGAUGGAGCUGGAUAUUUUGCACAAGAGUACAAGCGACUACAUUGUAGAGUUUUAUGGCGCGUUCUUUAUUGAAUCGUGUGUUUAUUAUUGCAUGGAGUACAUGGAUGCCGGUUCACUCGACAAACUCUAUGGCGAUGGUGUUCCAGAAGAUGUUUUGUCAAAGAUUACACAUUCGAUGGUGAAAGGACUUCGAUUUCUCAAAGAUGACCUGUCUAUCAUUCACAGAGACGUCAAGCCUACCAAUGUACUAGUCAACUUGGCAGGUCAGGUUAAAUUGUGUGAUUUUGGUGUAUCUGGACAGUUGGACAAGUCUUUGGCAAAAACCAAUAUUGGUUGCCAGAGUUACAUGGCUCCUGAACGUAUCAAGGCCGCCAAUACAUAUACUGUUUCGUCAGAUGUGUGGUCCCUGGGUCUGUCGUUGGUUGAAAUGGCCGGUGGAAAGUACCCUUACACCUAUGACAACAUGUUUGCCCAACUAAAGGCCAUUGUUGAUGAAGAACCCCCCACACUACCGGAAGAGUUUACACCAGAUGCCAAAGACUUUAUAUCAGCCUGUCUGCGUAAGGAUCCUCAGAAGCGACCAACUUAUGGCGAGUUGCUUGAACAUCCGUUUAUUACAAAGUAUCAGGAUGUAGAUGUAGAUAUGGCUGCGUGGGCUCAGCAAGCAUUGGCAACGCGAAAGGCAAGAGAUCUUGAAGCCAGACAGAAAUCUGUAGCCAAGCCCAAUGUUUCUUAA